AUGUUGCCAACACCAAUUACAACUCACUUGUCACGUCCAGAAUACAGGGAUGUAUACGACCCUGCAGAAGACACUUUUUUACUGUUGGACGCACUUGAGGAACAAACCUCAUAUCUGAAACACAAUGUCGUGCCUACGAUAUGCUUGGAAAUAGGGUCCGGCUCUGGAUGUGUCAUUACUUUCUUGGCGACACUGCUCGGUCCAUUAAGUUGCUUAUAUCUGGCUACAGACAUCAAUUCAGUUGCUGCUAGAGCAACCCUGGAAACAAGUCGAGUAAACUCUGUCUAUCUAGACGUCAUAAACACAGAAUUCGCAUACAGUCUAGACUCUCGCCUAUCCAAAUCCAUUGACGUCUUGAUUUUCAAUCCACCAUAUGUCGUAACUUCCGAUGAAGAGGUCGGAUCUACAUCAAUUGAGGCUGCUUGGGCUGGUGGACUUGACGGUCGAAAAGUGAUAGAUGCGUUCUUGGAACUGCUACCUACAUUAUUAUCUCCUCGUGGUGUCUGCUACAUGGUUUGUAUCCGUGAGAAUAAGCCUGAUGAGAUUGGAGAGCUGGUCAAGAGAUAUGGAUUAGAGUCGCAGAAUAUCAUGACGCGUACAGCAGGACGAGAACGAUUGUCCAUACUGAAAUUCACCUAUUCUCAGCACGCUGUGCCCUAA